AUGACUAGAAGUGAAGUUGAUCAUUCUAUUUUCUAUCGUCAUUCUAAUGGGAAAUGCAUAUACCUUGUAGUAUAUGUGGAUGACAUUGUUAUUACAGGGAGUGAUCAAGAGGGCAUAUCUCAGUUGAAAGAGUAUCUCUUCAGUCGAUUUCAGACUAAGGAUUUGGGUAAACUGAAAUACUUUCUUGGAAUUGAAGUAGCCCAGUCUAGUAGUGGUAUUGUCAUUUCUCAAAGAAAGUAUGCACUGGAUAUUUUAGAAGAAACUGGCAUGUUGGAUUGUAGACCGGUGGAUAAUCCAAUGGAUCCGAAUGUUAAACUCUUACCAGGACAGGGGGAGCCAUUACUUGACCGAGAACGAUAUAGGAGACUAAUUGGAAAAUUGAAUUAUCUCACAAUCACACGACCAGAUAUCUCUUUUGCAGUUAGUGUGUUGAGUCAGUUUCUUGAGAAUCCUUGUGAUACUCAUUGGGAUGCUGCUGUUCGGGUUCUAAGGUAUAUCAAGAGAGCACCAGGACAAGGUUUACUAUAUGAAGAUAGAGGACAUACUCAGGUUGUUGGGUAUUCUGAUGCAGAUUGGGCUGGUUGUCCGUUUGACCGACGCUCUACUUCAGGUUAUUGUGUACUCAUUGGUGGUAAUCUCAUAUCUUGGAAAAGUAAGAAGCAAGAUGUUGUUGCCAGGUCCAGUGAUGAAGCUGAAUACCGAGCCAUGGCCCUUGCCACGUGUGAGCUUAUGUGGCUGAAGCACUUACUACAAGAGUUGCAAUGUGGCAAGGUUGCUCAAAUGACAUUGAUAUGUGACAACCAAGCAGCUCUACAUAUUGCCUCAAAUCCAGUUUAUCAUGAGAGAACCAAACAUAUUGAGGUUGAUUGUCACUUCAUUAGAGAGAAGAUUGUGUCAGGGUGUAUCAAAACAAGCUUUGUCAACUCUGCAGAUCAAUAUUGGCUGAUAUUUUGA